UCACCACACUUAUGUUACUACCCACAAUGAAGGUAGUAACAUAGUCUAGGGAUAUGUGUAUGUUACUCUCCCCUGUGGCUAGUCUAAGCUUCCUUCAUUUAAGUGGUUUGUAUAGGUCCGCGCGCUUGGUAUUGGUUCUUUCCGGGGUCAACAAACUCCCCUCUCUCCUCUUAACUACCUUGCCACAUCAGAUAUUUUUGCCUAUGUGGCAUGCUUUCUUGCACAUGUACACCAUGUAGCACUGGGAAGGGCCUCAGGCCUCUUCCAAUGAAGGGAUGUUUAGGUAAGGUGUUAAGUGUGUUAAAAUCUUAGCAACUAAUGUUCAUUGUGCAUGGGUGCUUAGGGUUUUGUAGCUAAGCUUGCUUUAUUUAGACUAGUCAUAGUGGAGAGUAAUUUACACUAGUGUCAUGCAUAUGACACUAGUCUAUGCUAUUAUCUUUAUAGUGGGGAGUAACAUCAAGGUAGUGUCAUAGGUGGUUGUAUUUAUUAGCUUGAAGACUCAUUUUGUCUUGGGAAGUGUUAUGUGAUGGUAACAUAUUAUGUUACUCAAAACACCUCUCUUCUUAUUAACUAUAUGUGACAUAAGCAAACUUAGGUUGGUUGUAGUGGGGAGUAUCAUGUAUAUGAUACUAGUGUAUGAUACUACCUCCCUAGUAUCAUGUAUUAGUAUCAUAUUGUACUUUAUUUUUUGUCAUGCAUGACACAUAGUAGCAUAGCAUUUAUUAUGAUAUGGUAUCAUGAUAUGAUAAUUAAUCCUCUCUUUCUUCAUUUAAUUACAUGUCAUCUCAUCAAAAUUGCCUACUCCCAUUUACGACCAACCUUAUCUUGAUCGAGUUACGCUAUGUUACUAGCUAAGUUUUACUCCCACCACGACCAGCCUUAAAUGUUUAGCAAUUAUAUCACUUCAUGCAUUGGUUGGUAGGUAUUUUGCAUAGAUCCAUGUGCUUAGUACUAUUUCCUUCUGGGGUCCCCGUAAUGCUCUCUUCUUUCUUUAAUUGCUUUGCCACAUCAUUUUUUGCCUAUGUAGCAUCCUUAACAUCUGCACACAGUGGAGCACUGGGAGGGCCAUCAUGAAAACAUUGUGUCCUCAUGGCACGAUCGCAUCUUUGUGCUACAAAUGUUGUGUACUUUGAGGUACAGCCUAUGCUGACCAACACAUGCAUAUAUGAUUAUUGAACUUCUUUUCUACAACUUCCAUAUAGUAAACUUCUUUUCAAUCAAAUGAACCAAAAUAAACACAGAAUUGUGGGCAGACUGGCCCGAGACGGGUGGCACCCUAGCUAGAACGAAGCGUGGCAACUUAGAGCAUGGUUAAUAAUAUCGUCAGCUACUGAAUAUAUAUGAUCUUGCCACAUCAUUUAUAGCCAUGCUUAUAACUGGUAAGUUUUUUUAAAGGGAACAGCAGGAGCUCUGCUUUUGCAUUAUAGUGGGAGAAGGAAACAGACAGUACGAGUACAAGAUCCAAACAUAACAGGAUCUCGGAUAAGAAAGAGCAACUCGAAACAUUCAAAAACUACUUGAAAAACCCUUUACUUUACCUUAUGCUAUCACCACCUCUACAUGACCACUCGCUUCAGAGAAUAACUUUACAUCAUUUUUUAUCAAAUCAGCCAACAUUAACACAGUCAUCUCUUGCUGUUAACAAACCCUCCUGUUGCGUUCCUUCCAUAAGAGACAGGCGAUGUAGGCCGCCAAAGUGAUAACCUCAUUCACUUUGAUCUCAUUCCUCAGCCGGAGCAGAGCCUCCUUCACCAAUCUGUAAUUGACUUUGUUGAAGACAAACCGACAAGUACAAUAGUUGCAUAUAAAUAUGUACUAUUACCUCCGUCUAGGAGUCAUUCGUGUAGUUCUAGGUCAUCGAUUUGAGCAAUUAAAUAUGUGUUAUAUGUCAUGAAAAGUAUAUCACUAGAUUUCUACAUGAAUGUAGUUUCUAAAUAUACAUUUUUUGUCACAUAUAAUACAUAUUUAGAUAGUUAAAUUGUCGAUCUAGAACGACGCGAAUGACUUAUUCACCGAGACGGAGGUAGUACUUUUUUGAUACAUGGUCCAUCUCUCUCACACACAAUAUGCUUAGGAGCAUGUGCUGCAGCCGGCUGUUUCAGUAGCCCGUUUUCUUUCUCUCUUCUACAACUCAUCCAAAAUAUAAUAUUCAAAGCCUUACAGCCCAUCUGAAUCAUCCUACAGUAUUGUACCCCUCCUCGGUACUUGAACACAUGCCUAGGAAUACUAUCUCUGUCCGGGUUUAUUGGUCCCCAUUGUAUUUUGUGCCAAAUUUUGACCAUAGAUUAAACUAACAAAAUGUUCACACAUGUCACCAAACAUUAUAUUUUUGAAAACUAUGUUCAAAUACGAAUCCAAUGAGAUAAUUUUUCUUAACAUGCAUUAACAUUUUGUUAGUUAAAUCUUUAGUCAAAAUUUGGCACAAACUACGAAGGGGACCUAUAAAUCAGGACGGAGGUAGUACAUGCGAGUACUUGCUGUUAUUCAUCGGAACGGGGCGAGUAGAACGGUCAAUUUCAUUUCAUGCAUUUUACAGCUUUGGCCUCAUCGGAUUCGACGACCACUUUUAAUUACCUCUUCCAAUUCCCAAGACGUCACAUUUUAAUCACUUGCUGAUUAGUUCCGCGGACCCAUGCUUGCGUGAUUUCCUCCUCCUUGGUACUUAGGCUGGUCAUAGUGGGAAGUAACUUAGACUAGUAACAUGCAUAUUACUAGUCUAUAUUACUACCUUUAUAGUGCAUAGUAUCAUAUAGUAGUAUCAUAGAUGGUCUCAUUUAUUGCCAUGCAUGAUACAUAGUAGCAUCACAUUUAUUAUGUUACGGUUUCUAUAACCAUCUCUCUCUUCUUUAAUUACCUGCCACAUAAGCACGUUGGCGAGUCCCAAGUACAUGUUACUAUUUAUGUUACCCCACUAUGGCCAGCCUUAAACAAGCCACAGCAGAGGCCACCGGGCACCGGCAUUUCCCUGCCUCGCCCCUUGGACUCCACCUGAACCAGUAUGGCCGCCAUCAACUCAAGCUCGCCGUGGACAGAUCCUGCAACCGUGUGUUGUUCGCCGACGCCGGCUCCGACUUUGUCGACGUACUCCUCUCCUUCCUCACUCUGCCGCUCUCCGCCCUCCAGUGCUGCGCCUCAGGAGCGCCAUCGCCGGGUUGCCUCUCCAACCUCUGCGACAGCGUCGAGCGUAACAGUAGGAAGCUGAAGGUUGAGGCCUGCCAUGGCAUGCUUCUCACGCCUGCUCACACCGAUGAGUUCCGGUGGUGCAAGUCCACUCACAUCCCUCCCGGAGGGGCCAGGCUCGGCUCGUCAUCUCACAGUUCCUGCAAGUGUUGGCUAAUCAUGGCUAGAGUUUUGCAUGUCUUCGAGCAAGUGGGCAGGAUAGGCACGAGUACAGACUUUGUAGAUGACAAACAACGGUUUGUGAUCAGUGAUGACAUGAGAAUCAAGCCAGCAUCCACCAGCAGCAUGCAGUCCCUGCCGCAGGCGUUUGGUUCUGAUGGGACCGUCCAUAACUUUGAGGUGGUCGAACAGUUGGUUGGGUGGGAGCAGGUUUUGUCCAUGCUGAAGGCCUCUCCUUCAUCAAAUACAGUACUCACUGAUGCAUUUCUUGCAAAUGGAACCGAUGAUAUGGCUGCCCGUGCUACCGUGAAAGUGAAGCCGAGUAUCAAUCACAAAAUUCUACCGUCCGAUCAGGAUGCUGCAGGUCUCUUUUCACAAGAAAGUAAGAUCAAGGUCUUCUUCGACACCCGUGAGAAGAAGGUCAUGUAUGCGGAAUGCAACCAUGAGUUCAUCGACCUGCUCCUUGGAUUCUUGACUUACCCUAUCAGCUGUGUGAUCAAAACCACGGGGCCUGGCGCUUGCCAUCUUGGAAGGUGGUCCGACAAUCUCUAUGGAAGCGUCACCGAUCUCCUCAAUGCUAAGUGCUUCACGAGAUGCCUCGCCCCUAUGAUGUUACUGGAUCCAAGCGCUAUGCCGUUUAUCGCUUUGAGCAACAUGACGUGCCAUGCGGCCCUUAACUGCGGCUGCCCCAAGGAUGAUAUAUUACCGUACUGCUUCCGUCGUGAGCUUGUUGAGAGCGGGAGGUAUGUAGUGGAUGAUGAUCUACUUGUACAUCAGGGCUCUGCCAUGUCUGUGAUGAAGCAUUGGUGUGGGAGAAACAAGGUUAUGGUACUGGAAAUGGACAUUACCAUCGGGAAGCCGGAGGCCCUUGCGCUGCUGAGAGCGAUGCUUACCUCGAAGGCGCUACACAAAACCACACUCGUGCUCACCGACGUAUUCAUCGACAGGCUGGAGGAACAUUUCUCCCAGAAGAAGAUACAGAUAUUCGCUAAGACCGCCAAGGGUAAGACCAUAACCGUGGAGGUUGCGAGAGCCGACACCAUUGCCACUGUCAAGAGCAGGAUCAAGGAUAAGGUAUCCAUUCCAGCAGGAUGUCGUCAUGAGUUGGUCUACGGUAGCAGAUAUCUGAAAGAGUCGUGCACCGUUGCCGAAUGCAACCUCGUCAGAGAAUGUACCGUCACCUGCGAAUUCUACAAGAAGUGA